AUGUCUACAAAGGCAAACGCAAAGAAGAAAUUGGAGGCUGUUCUAAAGAACCCUGACCUGUCAGAGAAACUGAUGCUAUUUGUUGAGGCUCAGCAAAUCUCAAGCAUACUGGAGAAUCGCAUCAGUCAAAUUGAGUUUGUACUAAGUCUACCUGAUAUCCUCGGCUUCAACAGCGCUUCUAGCGAUGUGGAUGAGAAGUUGAACAGGGCACUUGAAAAGCAUCAACUGUUAGCUGAAAGACUGGAGAGAGAGACACAAGACGGUCUCGAGAAGGAGGCAGAGGGAGAAGAUGGAGAAAAAAGGAAGAAAGCAAAGGCACGGCUUGAGUGGAAGAUCAAGGACUCUGUCAAGGAUCUGCUCAGGUUUCGACAGUCGCAUCCAGAUGCCAUCCCUGUUUUCAGGGCAGAGCGAGGUGUGGAAUUAGGGGAGAGUGAGGUUAAGCUAAUCACGGGGCUUAAGAUGUUUCACAGCCAAAUGGUCGACAGGUUGCUGACCAGUGUGCAUGAGGAGCAGCAGCUGGUCCUCUACAAGCCGUCAACUUCAUCCCCUGCCCACAGUCAGGAGCUUAAGGCUCCAGUGGAGGAAGAGGUAGCUGCAGCCAUAAAGUCAAUAGAUGCAAAGAUUUCUCAGAAAAAUGUGGAGACCAAAAAUUUGCAGGAGUCUCUGGAUGCGAACAACCCACAAAGACUGCAUAUUUCACCCACAUACGAGAAGUGUCAGCCACAUAUAUCAGAGAAACAAGCCAGUAUGCAGCAGGACGUUGAUCCACUGAACAAUCAGCUCAACAGUUUGCUCCGUGAACACAAACAGGCAGAGAGAGCACUCCAAGAGAAAAAUGAAAAAGUGGAGACAGAAAUCGAGUACUUGCUCCAAAGGUUUGACAGUGACAUGGCAGAGAAGCAGGCCGAACUGGAGCUGAAUGAAAUUGAGUGUGAAAGGGAGGAGGAGGAGCUGAGGAAGCAGAAGGAACCCUUCUCUGUCCUAGAAACAGAGUACGACCAGAUCAUAGAGAGGCGUCGGCUGGCAGAGGAGAAGAGACAGGAGGAGAUGAAGGCGCUGGAGCUGAAGACCAAAGCUGCGAUUUUCGCCCAAUCGUGGUGGAGAGGCUACAGCACCCGCAAGGCCUUGAAGAACAAGGGAAAAAAUAAGAAGGGCAAAAAAGGCAAAGGCAAAAUGAAAUGA